UUUUUACUGCCGCGAAUGACGAAAAAGAGCCGCUGUAAAAGCCGGAAGCGUAUUCAUUGGGCGAGGAGGCUACCAUUGAAAAGGAUUCAGGAAAAUAUGGCAGAAGCAGAAACGAAACCCGAAGUAGAGGGAGACCAUGAAGAUGACCCUAACUACAAACCCCCAGCACAAAAAUCUGUGCAGGAAAUUCUCCAAGCGGACCAGGAAGAUGAAAGUCUACGCAAAUAUAAGGAAUCUCUAUUAGGGGGCGCUGCCAAACAAGUUAAUCCUCCAUUUCCUGAGGACCCCCGUAAUGUUAUAGUUUCCAAAUUGUCCCUGGUGGUCGAGGGCCGAUCAGACAAAGAGUUGGACCUUACAGGAGAUCUAUCUAAACUAAAGGAACAAGUGUUUACAAUCAAAGAAGGAGCUACUUACAGAAUGAAAGUGUCAUUCUAUGUACAGCGAGAAAUUGUCUCAGGUCUACGAUAUGAACAAAAAACCUCUAGGAAAGGAAUUCAAGUUGACAAAUCGAAAUUCAUGGUUGGUAGCUAUGGCCCUAGUGAAAAGGCCCACGAAUACCUGACCCCUAAAGAUGAGGCCCCAUCUGGCAUGCUGGUACGAGGGUCAUACACCGUAGAAAGCAAGUUUACAGAUGACGAUAAAAAUCCCAUUCUGGAGUGGAAGUGGAAAUUCGAAAUUAAGAAAGAUUGGGAUGAUUAAUCCUGGACAUAUAUUCCGUAGACGUAGAUCACUCACUGCAAUAUAUUGUGGCCUUUAUUUGAUGAGAACUGCGAUGAAAAUGAUAGAAUUUUUGUUUUGGAAAUAUGCUUUUUUUAUGAAUAUAUGUAACAGAUAUGAUAAUUUACAGCUGAAAGUUAGAGAGAAAUUUAAUUCCUGUAGUCUUGCCUAACAGAUAAAUCCCACCUGAAAAGAUUAACGUGUGAUUGAUUUUAAUUAAGAUAGACUAACUGAACUUGUUACAUAUUUGGUAUUUGAUAUUAGCUAGAGCUAAAAGCGUGAAAAUCAUGACUUAUAACAUCUCCUGUGCCAAUGUUUUAUUCUUUAAUUAGUAUGAACUGUUCCAACAGACCUGUAUAUCUUAUGAUAUGCAUUAUACUGUACUAGUCUCAGUUUGAAUUUAGCCAGAAUUUUAACUGGUAAUUAAGUUAUAGCUUUGUAUUUACAAUUGCUUUAUUAGUAUUUUUGUAUACUUUUUUUAUAUCUGUGUAAGUAAGCGUGUGAAGCAUUCACAGAUAAUGCUAACAUGCUGAACUCUACUGUUUAUAUUUUGGUGCCUUUUCCUCUUUGACUUGUUUGUCUAUGAAAGCUUAUUUUGAGAUGUUUUUAAUGCAAUGAUUUUUGGUGCAUUUAAAUAUAGGGAUGUCAAAAGAAACAAUAGUAGAAAGAAGAAAUUGGUUAUUAUUUUCUAAAAUUGAAGGAAUAUAAUACUUAAUAUACAAUGUAGUUGUGGAUUUUACAAUCUGUAGUAGGCAUUAUAGACAAAUUGAGUCCAUUAUCAUAGUAUUGCAGUUCAAGGAAAAAUCCUUUUACCAAAAUUAUUCAUAUGUUAGAUUAUAUGUUUCUGAAGUUAAUAACAAGUUAGGCAAACAUUUUGAUUUUCUCUCUCUGGGGGAUUUCUGCCAGAAUUCCAACUGCUGUAUAUGCUUCAGAAAUGUAUGCAAGAUUUGUGACUGCUUUGUUCUUGUUAGCAAUUAUUAAGAAUACAGCCAGUUCCUCUUCUACUUAGAAAAAUAUCAAGAAGAAACACAACUGCCUGAGUCUGUUAAUUGUCAUGAGCAAGCUACACAAUUGAAAUGUAUACAAUGUAUGGAAACUCAAAUACGAGUAUAAAUAAUUAACAUAGCAAAAGAUACUCUAGUGCUAAUAUUGCUAGUGAAACAAACGACAAUUGCUUUAACAAAUUUUGCAUGUAUGGUAUUUGAUCUGUAUCCCAUUGUGUAUUCCCGUUAGUGUAUACUACCUAGUGCUUUGUGUUGAUACCUGUAUUUUGAUGCUGCAUGCUCUAUGCAAACCGAGGUCUGUGGAGAGGGGGGUAUUGUAAGGCUGGCCACACCUUCUUAUUGUUUCUCAUAUCAUACUCUGUAAUAUAACUGUCACUUAAUAAACGUGUACAUCAAUCUUAAA